AUGAGGGCCGCCACCCACCACCCGCUCAUCGCUAGUCCCGCAGACAUCCGCUCUGGGCGGUCCUGGCCGUCUAGCGGGCGAACCGCAUUACCCAGCAACGUCCGGAAGGUCUCGCUGGUCACUAGAGCGACUGUCGCUGUGGAGCAGGAGAAGAAGGUCAAGGUGUCCCUCUUGAAAAUUGGGACCAGAGGGAGGUAUGACUUCGAACGGGUCCCUCUCUUCUCUUUCAUUUCUUAUUCUAUCCGAAGCAGCUAAUGUACUAAUACUCGGUUAUUUCCAUCUUUGGUUGGAAUUUUGGGUUACAUGCAUGGUAAGAUGGUUCCGGGUGCGUUUUAGCUUGACGUGGUCAUCAAUUUCUAUUGAAAUUGCUUGGUCUCCUUGUUUAGAUUUCGGUUUUGAGGCUUUCCGGUCUAUUUCAUGACAGGAAUUGGAUCUCCUUGGGUGGUAUUUCCAUUUAUCUUCCUAUAGGAGACCUGGGGGUUUAAUGGAGUGGAUAGAAGACGAAAAAUAGCCUCAACUGAAGUGAAGGUUUCAGAUUACACGUGACAUAUAUCAAUAAAGAUUUUAAGGGAUAAAACUAGCCUCAAAUUUUAGAUAAGAUGGUUUAUUUCAUCAUGUUUUUUCUUUAGUACUGUUCUUCCUGAUUUUUUACCGUGAGCCAAUUCCAAAGGAUUUGAAAAGAUAGCUCGUUAUUAUUUUCUCUAAUUUUCUAUUGGAUCAAUCACAGCAUUGCUUUUGGCUGAGGUUGAUGAUAUUUAUCUCUUAGAUAUCAGUUUUUUUUCCCCUUAUUUUCUAGAUCACUUUGUUUUGAACUCUGCGUUUGCACCAAAAUAGGACCAACAGCUCGUAGGGUUUUUGGUGAAUAGAUAAAUCUCAAGUUUUAGAGUUAAAGUUUUAACCUGAGGUAAAAAGGUUAUGAAUUUGUCUGAUGGACUACUAGACUGUUUCAUUCCUAGGAAGCAUAUUUUAUCAGAAAUUAUUAUGGAUGGAGUGAUAAUUAUUGAAUAUAUCAAACACUAUUGGUGAUAAGUAUUUCAUUUGUAUUCUGAAAGGGGGCUGAUUGGAUUUGAAAAUGAUAUCAUGCGUUUCAAAUAAAUAUUUUGAUGACGAGGAUUAACAUAAAAGCGGCCAUUUGUUGGUUAAUUGGUAUUCAAUUUUAAAUUCAUCAAUUUCUGUUAUCAAAAGUUUUCUGAUUACUUAUUCUUCAUUUCUCUAACAAAUUUUGUAUCACAGUAUGUUCUUUGCUUUUGUUGUGCUUUUAUGCACAUGCUCGUCCUAAAGCCUGUCUGCUGGUUAAAACCUUCUAAUGUGUUUUUGCUUGAUGAAUGUUUACUUCUUCUUAUCAUCGUAUCAAUAUUCUCGAAGUCAAAUCUAUAUGAUUUCUCUUUUUCCUAUGAAAGGACAUCCACAAUAACAAAUUUUCUGAUCAAGCCAAUGACAAGGAAAAUCACUUGGGCAACUAAGCGACUAAUUAUGGCAUAUUGAAUUCAACGCGUGCUCACCUUUGAUUCACUAAAUUUCAUCGUAUCCUUCUGCAUUGUGAUCCACAUCUUUCUGCACAGUCUUUUUCCAUAUAUUGUGAUCCGCAUUUCAGGAUGACAUCAGCAGUCCCUAGUCUCUAUUUUGUAUGCCAAAUUUCUCAUUCUUUUUUCCUCCGUUCUAAAACACAAUGGCUAAUUAUGGCAUAAUGGUUUACUAGAAGUUUAUCAUCGUAUGAUUCUGGAUGUCUGAUUCACUGGUUUUAAAUGAUCUGAAACAGUAUUGAAAUUAGAUAGGACAGAAAUAUGAAGGGCAUACUGAUGACCUCUUUAGAUUUGUCUCAUCACCAUUAAAAAUACUUUGUGGGCCUGUCUGAGAAUUUGGACACCAGCUCAGGCCCAUGCUUUAUAUCACUAUCUUUGAUCAAUUUAUUUUAGUUUUACCAAAUCCGGAAGAAAUCCAGAUUGUGUGGGAUGCUUUUGUUAUCUUGCUUCAUGGGUUCUACUUUGGAAACCCCGGCAUCCAUAUCUAGCAAUCCGCAGUGUAGUUACAACUUAAGUCUUUGUCAUGUGAAAUCAGAGUGGUUGGCUCAACAGCUCCAUAUCCGUAUCUUGUGGGAUCAAGGAGGCCACUGGCACAUGCCUGCUGCAUAUGACUAGAUGUUCCCUUACCACAAUGCUUGGCUCAUCUUAGUGAGGGCUGGAGUUUGGUGAAGUGAGUAGGAAAGUUUCUGAUCUAGCUUCUCAUUAAUCCUCAAUGCUGCGUGUUUCCAUUACAUUGCUUAAUGUUGGCAAUUCAGGCAGUGCUUCAUGUUGAGGCUACAGUCUCGAUUGGAAAUCUUUGUCCCAUGGACUUUCGGUUUUUCAUGUUGCCUUCUUGUUAUCAGACGGACAUUGGUUAAUGUAUCACAUGCACAAGAAAGAAAAUAUUCACUUAGUUGUGUGAAGAUUAAUCGAUGCUCAAGAAUGUGAGUGGGGAGUUGUGGAUAGGUGAAGGGGGAGGACUGCUGAAUCUUGACAUCUGCUUUGGAAAGUGAUCUGGUUAGGGUUGGGCGCUGUAUUUGGUGUUUGAGAAAAAUCAAUGAGCAUAGUGUAUGUGAGGGGCAAUUUGGAUAACUUGUGCAGUCAAGUGACUUCAGUGGUAUUGAACAGCAGAUAGGAUAGAUGGUAGAAUUUGGAAGAUAUUCUUUCCUGUGUUGCGACAGAGAUGAGGCUGUAGUGUACAAAAUAACAACCACCAGUUUAGGUGGUUUCUUCCUGGAUUAAAAGUGGAAAGUGGUGAAGUGGAUUUGACAAACGUGUAUAAUGGCGGAGCUAAUAAUUGUCAUGUACAGCCGGCGUGUAUAGCAUAGAGUGGCAAAUGCUGUGUAUGGAAAGUUGCUAUAAGGUUAGUGGGGCAGGGGAAGGCCAUUGUGACUACUUUAGGAAAAUGGUAUAGACAACAUUGUAUGGUAGAUGUAGGUCAUGGAGAUUGUACCUAGUGAUUUCCUAUUGGGGUUACUGUAGCGUCCAAUGGAGUAAUUUUUCUGGAGAUUUCUUAUCAUUAUCUUGCCAGGUAGACGUCAUUGAUGUAGCAUUUAGUGUUUUCCAUUUCGUAUUGAGAGUCAGAUGGAGUGAAUUUUUUUGGAAUCAUCCUAUAUUACUAAUUUUCUGAAGUCUUGGUCUCAGAGUCUCCUGGCUAGCAUUUUAUAUCCUGCAUUUCGCUGUAUCUUUUUGGUUCUCUGCCAUAGGAUCAUUUCUACCUCUUCGUAUUUGCUUUUUCUUCAUGCUUGUGUCGGACAAGUUUGCCCGUUUUUUUUAAUCACAUUAUUUCAUGCGGAUACUUUGUCAAUGCCAUUGUUAUGCAUUCAGAUUCUCUGUUAUCUCAUGGCACUGUUUGGCUUCAAUAUUUUAGUUUACGGGUUCUUAUUAUUUAUUUUUGUUAAUAACUUAUGUGAAUAUUUCGUUUAUGAUAUCUAAAAUGCAUCAUUUAAUUGUCAGUUUUAUGCUAUUCUAUGAUUGAAUUUCAGUGUUUCAACAUCUUGUAUUCAGUACUUUGAAUCUCAUUGUGAAAUAACAGAGAAUGUGGCAAGAAAAUUUUAUAGUGGUGAUGCAUUGUUGUGUUCAAAUUAUGAGAAACUUAGAGAUAACUUUUAUUCACAAGUUCUGUUUUUCUUCUCAUAAGUAUGCAUUGUAAUAAUCCAGUGCCGAGGACUUUUUUCCUCCGUUGGGUGACACUCCUGUUUCUUAUGUAGGACAGUCCUUUAGCACUUGCUCAGGCCCAUGAGACACGUGACAAACUCAUGGCAUCACAUCCAGAGUUAGCGGAAGAUGGAGCCAUUGAAAUUAUUAUUAUUAAGACGACAGGAGAUAAGAUACUAAAUCAACCACUCGCAGAUAUUGGAGGCAAGGGUCUAUUCACUAAAGAGAUAGAUGAGGCUCUGUUGGACGGGACGAUUGAUAUUGCUGUUCAUUCAAUGAAGGACGUUCCCACUUAUUUUCCGGACAAAAUUACUCUACCAUGCAAUCUUCCUCGAGAGGAUGUCAGAGAUGCUUUUAUUUGCUUGACUAAAAGCUCUUUAGCUGAGCUUCCUGCUGGAAGUGUUGUUGGUAGUGCUUCUCUCAGAAGACAGUCUCAGAUACUUCACAGAUAUCCCUCUCUCAAGGUAAGGGUUGAAAGCGUGAGAUAUCUGAUAUUUGGAUGGAAUAUUUAGUAUCUUCACAUUUUGAAUGCAGAACCAUAGUGUUGAACUUUUCCUGGGAUACCCAUCACCCUAGACACAUUUUGAAUGCAGAGAUGAUGUUUUAAAUAUAGAAUUUGAGCAUGGUUUUCUAACAUUCUUCAGUCAACUUGUCUUGUCAGAUGCAAGUUGCGUCAAGAUUUUGUUUCUUUCAUUGAAUUCAAGAUAAAAGUUCAUGCAUACGGUUGCUUGCCAUGCGCCUGGUGACCAAUGGUUUACAUAAGCAAUUCAGGGUUGAUCUCUUGGUUGGGUAUCUGAGGGAAUGACCUAUCGAGUAGGAUGUAAUGUAAACCAGAUCCGGUUGGUUGCAUAAAAGAUAGUGGAUUCUGAGUCGAUGAUUAUUUUUCAUGGCCUUAAAUGGUGCAAAGAUUUAGUCCGAGGAUCUUUUAUUUGAGAGUAGAAUCAAGAGGCAACAAAUGUAUGCAAACUGGGAAAGAUGAUAAUAUCUUUAAAACUUAAGUUUGUGUGUGAAGUGAGGACUAAUGUGGAAGCCGAGUCAUGUAAAGAUCUUUCUUAUUCUACUCAGUCGUUGAAACUAUUAAAACACAUUUUGAUGAGAAUAGCUCCAGAGUAAUAAUAGACUGUUUUCAAUGGUUUUGUACGAACCAAGAUUUGUAAAACUUGUAAUAUAAUUGAUUCUUUGUUUUAAUAGGAUAACCUAAUUUCUGGGUUUGUGGGCAUGAAGUUUCACCAGGUGGCAUCCUGGAUAAGUCCUGUACUUUGUUUCUGGUUUAUUAGGAAUAGAUCUUUACACCCAGUUCGUGAAAUAGCCAUUAAAAUGCUGCCACUGAAAGGUUGGAGAUGAAACUCAACUUCAUUGUCAGAAAACCAUGUUGAAUCCAUGGAUCAACAGAAAAUCGUAUAACUACAUCUGCACAACAAACAGUAGCUUAUCGGGUACUGCACUUUUAACUUCAUUCAGAGUUUUGAGGAGGGAUAAAAAUAGAUCGGCUGGCAUAUAUAGACGGAACACUGCUUUAAUUAGUAGAAAGAUUGUGGAUUUCCUUGUAUUAUAAUUUAUUUCAUUCUGUUUAGCAGAGAAGCGCCCUCUUUUGAAAUGAGACUGGAACCCAUGCUGAAACCCAAAUUCAGAACAGUUUCAUAUGCUUGCAAUUUCCCCUCUGAAUUUAUUGCUUUUUUUUUUUUUGAAAACUGAAAUACCUCAUCUAAUUAUGAAUUUAUUUCUGCUAUGCAGGUGGUAAACUUUAGGGGCAAUGUUCAGACACGGUUGAGAAAACUUAGUGAAGGGGAGGUCCAUGCAACUCUGUUGGCCUUGGCCGGACUGAAGCGGCUUAAUAUGACUGAGAAUGUCACCUCUAUUCUGUCUACAGAGGAAAUGCUCCCAGCGAUUGCACAAGGUGCAAUUGGUAUUGCUUGCAGAGGCGAUGAUGAUAGCAUGGUAUGACAAUAUUAUACCUUGCUUAAACAAUUUCUCUUUCGUUUAUUAUGGUGGUUUGUUUGAUAAUUGUCUCGCUUUCUGGCCAUUUUCUGCCAUGUGGAUGAUCUGGUAUCUAGGAAUUUAAUAUAGUUUCUCUCCCAACGCUCAAAUUCUGGAGGAACAAUUGGAUUACCGAUGACCAAUAUGGUCUCCAGUAUGGGGAAAAAUAUAGGAGAAAUUACAUGAACAAGGCCAAAUGGUCCAGGGAUGGUUGAUUAGUACUCCAAAGAAUUUGAGGAGUGUUCUGUCAUCAUCUUACCAGAAGAACUUGGACAUAUACUUUUGCCCAGAUGAUGAUUUUUUUAGUCCAAUGUAUGGAAUCAUUUGUGUUAGGAAACGAAUUGGAUUAUCCAACUAUGGGCUGAUUCACGAUGAAUCUAUCUUAAGUUUGACUAUUUUUGUAGGAUGUUACGUGCAUGUCUUGGGGGAUCGGAAUUCCCAUCUAAGAUUUAAUUGAGGAAUACAGAAUUCCUCUCUGUAUCCACUGAUUCAUCAUUUCGUGGGUUCAAUGACUUUCAUUUGAUGAGUUAGAAAUAUUUUCUGACCAGAGUGCUGGCGAUCCUUCUCCCAUUAUUCCUCCUCUACAUGUUGUACCGCCCUGAAAAUUCUUCUCGUCUCCUAUUUUUAUUAUUCAAAGCACGCACUCUGGUGUGUCAUUUGAUGGAGGUCUGAACGUGUUUGCUGCAGAUUAAUUAUAUUGCCUCAUUGAACCAUGAGGAGACCCGAUUAGCUGUGGCCUGCGAGAGGGCGUUCCUCACAGAACUGGACGGUUCUUGCCGCACUCCAAUUGCUGGGUAUGCUUACAAGGACGCUGAGGGAUACUGCGUCUUCAGAGGCCUGGUUGCUUCACCGGACGGAACCCGGGGUAAUUAAAUCACGUGACUAUGUAACAAUUUAACCAGGUUUUCAUCUUGGAUCUGGGAAAUUAUAUAUCACUCCUUCUCAUGUUGGCCCCCCCUACUGUUUCUAUUUUCAGUGCUUGAAACCUCGAGGAGAGGUCCUUAUUCUCUUGAUGAUAUGCUUUUGAUGGGCAAAGAUGCUGGGAAGGAGUUGAUUGCCACCGGCGGUCCUGAUUUCUUCAGGUGGUAG